AUGAGCGACGACAAUACUGAGCAGCCCGAGGCCUUGCUGCAGCCCGGUCCGGCAGCACCGCCCGACAAGGCUGCGUCGGAGCCACCAGCGCGCGACGACGACAACUCAGCACAGAACACGCCGCUUCUGCAGACAUCCAAGACGUUCCCGGGCAGCAGCGCCAGCACGCAAGAGUACAAGCUCAAGGACAUCCAGUGGCAGGACCCCGAGACGCAGCGGCUGCGGGACGUCAAGAUUGUGACGCAGAACGAGAACGGCCCAUGUCCGCUCAUCGCGCUGGCCAACGCGCUGGUGCUGCGCGGCGACCUGAGCAUCGCCGGCGACCGCACCACGAUCAGUGCGACGGAGCUGGUGGGGAUGCUGGGCGACCAGCUCUUUGGCGAUAGCGCAGCGCAGGACGAGCGCACAGCGCUGAGCAGCGAUGACGUGCAGGUGAUUCUGCGGCUGCUGCCGACGCUGAGCACGGGGCUGGACGUCGACUUGCAGUUCUCGCAUGUGUAUGAUUUCGCGGCCAGCCCGGCCACGCAGCUGUUCAAGGCGUUCAAUGUGGACCUGGUGCAUGGGUGGGUGGUGGAUCCGGAGCGCGAGCACUCGGUGGCGGACGUUCUGAUGCGCGAGUGCCGCAACAGCUAUGAGGGCGCGGUUGAGUUUAUUUUUGCCGCCGAUGAGCUCGACGGCAUCGUCGGGAAGCAGAAGGGCUCCGGCCAGGCGCUGACCGAGCGCCAGCAGGUGAUGGUCCGGGGCGCGCGCGCCGUCAACCAGUGGCUCGACCGGUCGGCCACGCAGCUGACAGAGUUUGGUCUGCAGAGCCUGGGCACUCUGCUGCCUGCCCGCCAUCUGGCAGUGCUGUUCCGCAACAACCAUUUCUCGACGCUGUUCAAGCGCGGGUGCGGCGAGCUCUUCUUGCUCUGCACCGACGACUCGAUGGCUGGCGAUCAGCGCGUAGUCUGGGAGUCCCUGCGCGACGUCCACCAGACCACAUCCGAGUUCCUCGACUCGCAGUUCCGCCGCAUGGGCGAGCAGCAGCAGCAGCAGCAGCAGCAGCAGCAGCAGCAACAGCAGCAGCAGCCAGCAGGCGCCGCAUGGCAAGGAGCCGGACUUUGUCCACGAGGACAUUGCCACAACCACCGAUGCCAAGCAGCUGGACGAGGACUUUGCCUUUGCCCUGUCGCUGCAGGAGGAGGAGGACCGCCAGCAGGUGCAGCGCCAGGAGAAGCAGAAGCUGCAGGUGCGCCAGCAGGACAAGCUGCCGCCGGGCCUGGACGUCCGCCAGCGCGGCCAUCUGUACGGCGUGCCGGUCGUCACCAAGGAGAGCGAAAAGAAGCUUGCGCAGACCAUCUUCAGGACAAAAUCCGACGAGAACUUCUCCCGCCACAUGGCCGACACGUUCCUGCCCCACGAGGCGGCUGCAAAGAAGGCCAAGGCCUGCCGACCAGGACAAAUGUUUGGUAA